GCGAAUGGGUGGCAUUUGUGUGCUAUGUUCCGUGGGAGGUGAUCUUAACUUUCAAUUUCGGUCGAAAUUAUUCGGUGAAAAUGGUGUUCUUUACUGGAUUUGUGCAUUGUAAAGCAAGUUGGGGAUUUUUUCAAACGUCUGCGAGCAAAUAUCGAAUGUUGGCGUAAACGGGUUUCGUAUCCGAGAGCGAUAAACAGUUGUUGGGGUACCAUUUCGUCAUCAUUUUUUCCCCAAGCCGAAAGUGUUGACGUGUUGGAUUGGCAGUGGAUAAUCGGGAUAUUAACAUUGUAUUUAGAGUUAUAGAAAAAUAUUUCUAAUUUUGAGGCUCAGUCGAAUACCAGACUUAACCCAGUGCGUACGGUCUUUAGUAGAUAACACUCAUUAUCACUGAAAUUGGCUUGCGCGGUUAGAAUAAAAAAGUAGGUAGGUUAUCAUCGUGAGCUCGUGUUAUAGUCGGUGACCGAAAGAGUAAAUAACAACAAUUACCAGCAACAAUUAAAUGGGCGAUCCCCCACAAUCGGAAUAAAAGCAACAAAAAUGCCAGUGUCAAUGAUGCGACCGCUAAAUGGCAAAACGAGGGAAAGUGGCGACAAUCAUCGUUUCUCGUACCAGCUACAGUGGGUUGUCGUAGCUUUUGUGCUGCUGGUCAGUGCCGUGAAUCACUCCAGCGGUUAUUUCUACUCCAAAGGAGAAAAUUCGGAUUCCGACAGAUUCUGUUUCUGCCAGCUCCAGGGAACGAUCGACGAUUGCAGCUGCAACGUGGACACCGUCGACUAUUACAACAAUGUCAAAAUCUUCCCCCGGUUGCGGAGUCUGCUCGUCAAAGACUUUUUCCGAUACUACAAAGUCAAUCUGGCCAAAGAAUGCCCGUUCUGGGUCGACGACAGCAAGUGCGCAAUGCGAUUCUGUCACGUACAGCACUGCGAGGAGGCCGACAUCCCGCCCGGCCUGAAAGGGGACACUUCUUCCUAUCAUAAGUACAUCAAAGAGGUGCAAACGUUGACUAACUGUGACGAAGAUUUGAAUGCAGAGCUCGGUUACCUGAACACGAGCAUUAGCGAUAAGGUGCACAGCGAACUGAAGAAAUGGGCCGAUUAUGACGAAGCGCAGGAUAAUUUCUGCAUUCUGGACGAUCACGAGCCGGGUGCCGAGUAUGUGGAUUUGUUGCUGAAUCCGGAACGCUACACCGGAUAUCGGGGCGAGUCGGCCCGGAGGAUAUGGAGUAGCAUUUAUUUGGAGAAUUGCUUCCAAUCUCACUCAUCCCGCCGAAGAAAUCCUUACUCGGCUAUGAUUCCCUACCGAGAUAUGACCAAGAACGAAGUAUGUCUGGAACAUCGCGUCUUCUACCGGAUGGUUUCCGGUUUGCAUUCAAGCAUCAACAUCCAUCUGUGUGCCAACUACCUCUUGUCGGAGAAAAAUUCGAUCGGUUUCGUUUCGCCCACCGGAGUUUGGGGAGUCAAUAUGGAUGAAUUCGAGCGUCGGUUCAGUCCACAAACGACCGACAACGAGGGCCAACAUUGGCUUCGGAACUUAUACUUUGCGUACCUUGUAGAAUUGAGAGCUCUGGCUAAGGUGGCCCCUUAUCUGAGGAACGAAGAAUACUUUACUGGACGGGAGAAAGAAGAUCGCGAGGUUAAAGUUGCCGUUAAAGAUCUGCUCAACGUUAUCGAGAGCUUCCCUUCGCAUUUCAACGAAUCCGUGAUGUUUAGCGGAGGUACCACAUCCAUAAAGGUGAAAAAUGAGUUCCGAGAAAAGUUCAUGAACAUUUCCAAAAUUAUGGAUUGCGUGGGGUGCGAUAAAUGCCGGCUAUGGGGAAAACUACAGGUUCAAGGAAUGGGCACUGCGCUCAAAAUUCUGUUCUCUGGAAAGUUUGAAGACGAUUCCAGUUCGAGUUUAACUACUAGAAUAAAACCAGAAAAGCCACAGUUCAAAUUGAAGAGAUCGGAAAUAGUAGCAUUAUUCAAUGCAUUUGGAAGACUAUCUACAAGUAUACACGAGCUCGAAUCUUUCAGACAACGGAUGCAGUGAAUGUGGUAGAGAAUAUAUCAAUUAGCAAAAUAAAAACCAUACUAGUUUGUCAAUCGGCAGUGAACCUUAAACAGUGAUAAUGGUGCUAAAAAAUAACGCACUACCAGAUCGCCAAAACGAAGUCAUGGCAGGAACGAACAAUCAUAUUAUUACAUUGCAAGAAAAAGAAGGAAAAUGGCUCAAUUAACAACCCAGUUGCUGAAGUAUUCUUCAGAUUUUAUUCCAUCGGUCACCACAAGGACAUAAACCCAUUCAUACACAAACAAAUACGGAUGCCGGAGCAUUCCCAUAUAUUUAUAGGAAUAUUCAGGGUUUCGUUUUUUUCCUAAGGAAACCAAUAAUCCAGGCUGAAUUUAUCUAAAAUGAUGAAUGUGUGUAAGUGUUGUUAUUAGAGGUAUUAGUCAAAAAUUAUAGUUGUGUAUGUAAUUAAGAAAGACACUGAUAUUUAUAAUUUUGUAAAUAAAAUUGUUUAUUUUUUAAAAAGGACCUUGAA